CGGCCACCGAACGUGCAAACGCAAGAGACGUGGUGCCUCCCAGGCUGCCCGGAGCCGACGGCGCGCGCCCCACAGAGGGCCCCGCGAACCACCGCAGGGCGGCGGGCCCGCUCGGCGAACUGUACGUGCCGCUUGGCCGGUCGAGGCCGAUACAAAAUUGCACCGAUUGGACCACCCUGCGGGCGAGAAGCAGAAUCACAGUCAUCGUGCCACCACAGGGGAAGCUGAGUAAGGAAUGAAGGGGCGUUUCUGGCGACGUUAGCGCUAGCUAGCUGUCGCCCGUCGCUCGCUCGGACAGCAUCGCCCCGCCCGCACGCAACCCAGGGCACGAAUCGAACCAACAUCGAAACCAAUGCCCCGGUCGGGCUCACUCCACUCACACACUCCAGUCUCCAGUGUUUGUAAUGAUCAGCGCUCGAUUCAACUAUACAUUAUCGAUCGAGCGGGUACAAUGCAUCAUACUUAGGUCUGGGGGGCCGCGGCAGGCUAGACGGCAAAGCAUGAGGCAUACGCCUGCAGACAAUUCUGUAACACAAACAAUCGGGCCUCCACUGUACUAUCGUAAACAAUAUAAGAUCUGAUCGAGCUCAUCAGCGUUAUCGCUCAACCACUGCUGGGCAGCAAUACUCCAAGUCGGCAUGCCACUCCUGCCGUCCACGUCUCUGACUGCAGCAACGGCGUCUAUGCGGAAAUAUCUGCUCCCUGGCAAAAUCCCCCGCAUGACGCGGUGUACCGCAGCAGAGGACGCUUCCAAUGACUCCAGUGAGCUACGGAUCACGUCAGGCAGCGUGCUGGCCGCGUUGAGGCUUGGCUUCCUGGACCCAUUCACGGCUCGGGGCGCCACCGCAUCCCCGAUCGACACAACUACUACAUCGCGGCCUUGCCAUCCGGGUAUUUUCAGAACCUCAGAAUAACCAAGCAGGGCAGGAUUAUUAGCCGCCAAAGCCCCAUCCUUUCCUGGUACAUGCGCCUCGAUCCACCAGCGUCGAUCCUGACGGGCGCAAAGUACUGCGGGGAGGCGCUCGUGGCGCGCGCUGCCUGCCAAACGGCGACGUCCUGGCGGUCCUCGGAAGGCUCUGUUCCCGAGUAGUUCUUGAACAGCACUGGCUGGCUCGGCCUUUGAUUCGCAGAGACCGCGACCACUGCCACCUGAGCGACGAGAACAAAGGGGCCCUUACGCACGAGGACGUGGCAACCUUACGCAGGCCGCCAGCGCGGCACACCGCGUAGAAACCAGGGGCGCUGACGCGCGACCUUACGCGGGCAGCUUAUAGGAGACACAUGCGAUAAGAACACAUGCGCUAAGAAAUGAAGGGGCACGUACGUUCUCGAGCUUUAAGUUUCCUGGGGCGCCCCAGGGCGUCUGUGGGCCCCAUAGCCAUAACCUGCUGGCAGGCCCAUCUUUUAUUUAAUGCGCCUGCUGAGCGGACGAACUUCGCGCAGCCGACCCAGCUUAUUUUACGUCGACCACCUUGCACUGCCCACCAGUUGGAUGUUCGUCUGUCUGAUCAAGCUUAGCGUCGCCAAACAUGCUGCGGAGUUCCCGCUCCAGCGCCUCCUCGCGGUGCUGCUGCGCGCAGCCCACGGCACCUGCCCUCUUCUGGAAAGCCGCCUCGGCAAGCUGACCGUAAAGCCGGCCACACUCUUCCGCGGAGUGGCCUCUGACGCCCAGGGCGAGAGCAAUCAACCCACCAGUGCUCGUGCCGACGAUGAAAAUCGAAAACCUCGUACAACGGCCUUCCACAACGUUUUUCAAGUUCGGUGAGGAUUGUCACAGCAAAGAUCCCCUUCAACCCUCCGCCAUCGAGUGAAAGCAUGCGCACUGGCCGGGACAAGCUUAGGGAUGCCAUGUCUCUGAAAUCGGCACGACAUGCGCAACCAGGACAGCUAGAAUCAGAAUCAUAAGAGUAGGAUGGGACCGAAUCUGACUACCACUAUGUUUCUUUGCUGCUCUUGGCAAAAGGACCUAUCUCGAGCCAAUGCAACGGCUUGGGCCGACACGGCU